CAAGUAAACAGCAAACUGCAGCCCCAGCCAAGCCUAUCGUAGCUCAGGACUUGUUGAAGACGUCCGACUCGGCACGACCCCAAUGUCAUUAUGGAGUCACUAACUGAUUAGAAAGCCUGAUUGAUUUCACCAUCUUAUCUUCGGUGGUACUGUCUCGAGCUCCGGAAAACUUGUAGGCGUGAGCUGGGAGUGCCGGAGGACGGACCCUGCGACCAUGUCGUCGUGGCUAGUAUUGGUAUCGCUGCUGCUCCAGAUGUGCGUCGGCGGCGCGUACUGUGUGGCCGUCGACACCCACUCGGCGGGCAAUUCGCGCAGCGCUGGCGACUUGCAGUACGCAAGCAGCAGUGACUGCAUGCUGGAGAGUUACGACCUUGGUCCGCUAGCAAGCCAGGAGGCCUGGAUCCUGAACAGGCCGUGUGUAAACGCUGACACAGAUGGCAAGGGGGGUGAUGUCUCCGAGGACCUUUGCUCCUACUACUUCAGCGUAUGUCAUGCACUGCCAGCUAUAAGUGAGCCCAGCGAAGAUUUUUGUCAUGGAUCAGCUGUUUGUGCGUACAGUGAUAAAGGGCAGAACCAAACGGGUGCUCAGUGGCAGUCGCUGGGAAGUUUCGAGAAUUACAACGGACAAGCUCUUCCCAACUAUCCGGAGUUCAACAUUGUAUACCAUAAAGAUGGCAACCGCUCCAGCCAGUGCCACACCAUGCUGACAUUCCGCUGCAACGAGAGCAUCUCCUGGACGGACACCAGCGGCCGGAUCAUCGAGGAUGUGCCGGAGGGCAGCCUGAUCAGCAUGCACUUCGACCCGCCGUGCUCGUACAUUCUCCAGUUCCAGUACGACCGGGCAUGUCACACACAGAUACCAUCGACGAGCAGCAAGCUGAGCGCUGGCUCGUACGCCGUGAUAGUGGUUACAUGUGUCCUACUGCUGUAUGUGGUGGUCGGCGUCACGUACCAAGCACUGCGCGGUCACAGAGGCUGGGACCUCAUUCCGAAUAGGGACGCCUGGAACGCGGUUGGAGCAUACGUGGGCGGCGGCAUCGCUAUUCUACUAUCCCCUUGCCGAGGUCGAGGGGCAAGAACUACGGACAGCUCAAGCACAUCAUUGAGUCAGCCACCGGCAGAUGACGGCAAGGGAGAAAAAACAAGGCUGCUGACCUAGAACCACGCCUGCCUCUAAGACAGACGGUGUGAAGCCAAUGUGCGGUGUUCGCACACAUACACACACCAUUCACAUGUUAGCUAUGAUGCCUUAGUCACUGCUGACUAGAAGUUAGAACUGCAUACACCGAAGGACACAACCAUGCCCAACGCAUUUGACCGCGCACAAUACGGUCUCUUGAAUGAUCGAUUUGGAGCAUUUAAAAAAACUGAUGCAUGGCUAAAACCUUUUGAAAUACAGUGCUUACACGAUUGUACAAAUUUUUGAAUUUCUUCUAAAUUUCAGACAUGGAUAUAUUGAGAAAUUUUCCACAACCUAAAACUUCUGAAUCAAUUUUAAUUUCUUCUUCGAAUGUAAACGUGGCUGUAAAAAAAAAGAAGAGUAAAUUAUCGUGUCCA